AUGGAGAAGCACAGCUAUGACCAUCUGUUUAACCAUUCUGCAAGAUGUUCAGAGGCAAUUUGCUUGCCCUAUGGGGAUAGUGAAGGAAAGGUUGCAAUUUACCGCAGUGAUGGUCCUUAUAUUCAAAAUGUGAGCAUCAGUCAUGUCAACAAAAGCAUUCAAACAGGAGAAGCUUUUAUUCUGCAAAUAUCAGGAUACCUGGCAAACUCAUCGAAAACACCUUUUGGAAUACCAAAUUUGUUCCAAGAAAAUGUAUCAACAAUUCAAAUAAAGGUGAACUGGUCAACACAUGAUGCAAGCUAUUAUGUUACUUCUAUUCAGAUAAAUGGUUAUUUCACUUCAUCGAUUAUCUGGACAUAUAAGGAUUAUGGAAAUCAUUCAAUUAGAGUUUGUAUUGAAAAUUCAAUUUCAGUGGAAGAAUUGGAAAUACAUGUUGAUGUUCUCAUCCCUGAACCAAACAUUUUAGAAAUAACAAUUGCACAGACUGAGGAAGAUAUUCCAUCUUGCAUUCCGUAUGAUGUUAACUCUUUAGAGUCUUUGGUGCGUGUUUAUUUUGGCUUAAAUUACCAGUUUUGUGCCUUUGUAGCAAUGGGAACUGAUCUGAAUUUUAAUUGGUUCUUCACGGAUGACAAAAGUAGUUACAACACAGUUGGCUUGGAACAUAACAAACUUCUCAGUAUAAUGAAUCAUACGUUUACAAAAGAAGGACUGCAUCAAAUUCACGUAAAUGUGUCAAACAAAUACAAUUGGAUUGCUGAGACAGUUAAUGUGGCUGUAGUAAAGAAAAUGAUGUACAAUCUCACCCUUCACAUGCAGAAUGGUUAUGUCUACGCACUCAGAAAAAAGAUAACUUUGGACAUAAUAUUUUUUACCACUUCAAUCUGGCAACCUGUCUUUUUAAACAUUUCUUUUGAACAAGGUGUAAUACUCUAUCAUCAUCUAAGUGAAGACCUUCAAGAUCCUAGAAACACUGACCACAUUCAGAUUGCUGAAACAUAUGGGUUACACCAAUGCUAUUUGCAUUUUCAUGCAUAUUACAAGUAUAAAAAGCCAGGAAAUUACAAUGUAUCAGUUAGUGUUGGCGAUGGAUCACGUAUUUCCCAACUAGACCUUCCUCAGCUGAUUCACAUCUAUGAUCCUAUAAUUUAUAUUUUUCCAAACCCACCAUGGCAAAAAUAUUUUUCCAAGGGAUUGAAUGUAGCUUUUGAGGUCAUUAGUUUAAGUGAUAAAACAGGGUCUCAGUGCCAAUGGAGUAUUUCAAAGCCGGGGGAAGUGAUAAUAUGGACUUCAUCUGAUUGGCACAUUAAUAUUAGUUUUGAAGACAGUGGGAAUUAUCUUGUUUCAGUAACAUGCUAUAACCCCAUCAGCAGUGCCACAUAUGUAAUGGAAAUUGAAGUACAAAAUGCAAUAGGCAAUCUAACGCUCUCAAGAAGUAAUGAACAAUAUAUUCAAAAUGGUGCCAUACUAACGUUUAAUGCAACUACAGACGAUGACUCAUCUACCACAUAUAUCUGGGACUUUUCAACCAACAAGGCCCCUAUAGUGAACCAGCAUAUAUCAGCAACUCAUAUUUAUACUCAGCCUGGAACUCACACACAACUGAAUAAUGUUAUCAAUAUAACAGACAGUAUGCAACUCAUUGUUCAGGAUCCAGUUGGACACAUUGCUCUAGAUUUACCACAGUAUAUAACAGUUAAUCAUGUCACAUCAGUUCUUGUUUCUGUCACUUCUGGAAGCGAUGUUUCUUUAGAUUUAUAUUUCAAUGGUAGUUUGACCUACCAGAAUAUUACCUGUACUCCAAAUACCCCUGUAAUGGUGUUCCACAACCUUACAAGGAUCGGGCAACUAGAGGUGAAAGUGAUUGGUUUAAAUCUAGUGUCUCAAAACACUGUUAUUUCAGAUAUUUCUGUGGUAGAGGAACUUCAUGAAGCAUCCAUAGAUAUAUUCCACAAAACCAUGCUUGGAGAAGAUAUCAUUUUGGCCGUAAAAGUAAAUGGUCAGCUAUGGAGCAGGAAGCACUAUGUUUACAAAUGGACUCUUGCAAGUAAUGCUACUUAUAUAUCUGGAAGCCCUACGCUGAUAUAUAGAUGCACAACUUUGGGUACCCAUACCAUUGUUGUGGCAGUGACUAAUCUUGCAUCUACUGUAUCCUGUUCAGUACAUUUCAAUGUUAUGCCCUAUAAAACUGUACCUGGCAUAAGUCAUUUAUCAAAUGCUGUUCUAGGAGAAUCUGUGGUUUUUACCCUCAAGAAUAUUGUUCCAGAAGAGGAGUCUGUUAUUCUUAAUUUUGGUGAUGGCACAAACACAGUACUCAUGGCAUUAGAUAUUGUUGGAAAUAGCUUCAACGUGUCCCAUACAUACAGGAAUACCGGUAUUUACAAAGUUUGUUUAAUGCUUAAUCCAAGUGCUACAGAAAUCUCUUCAGUCAUUGUGAUUCAGGAACCUGUAAAGGGUUUAACCCUCCAUGGACCAAAAACAGUUGCUUUAUCCUUCAGAUCUGAGAUUCCAUCUUUUGUGAGUUAUUCUGCUGACAUUGUUAGAGGUUCCAAUUAUGUUUAUCGCUGGUUCUUCUCAGAUAGUGAAACCAAUAGCAGUCAUAUUGGACUACCAAAGCUUAAAGACGCGGAACUCAAACACAUGCAACACCCGAAACUAGCAAGUACCCUCGACCACCUCACUAAAAUUAGAUACAACUUAAAUAAUCUCCUUGCAGAGGAAAUUCAUAGGAAGGCUUAUUAUCUAAAGAAAUUAUACUUUGUAGAAGGGAAUAGAGCGGGACCAUUACUUGCCAAAACACUGAAGAGGAGAACAUUUGCCAAUUACAUACAUAAAAUGUCAGACACCACGAGCAAAGAAAUUUACGACUGUAAAGGAAUUGCGAAUGCAUUCAGCAAAUAUUACAGUUCUUUAUACAACAUUUUACCUGAUCAUAACACACAAAAUAGCACACUCAUAGAUAAAUACCUAGAAGAGGCAAAUCUGCCGUCCAUACCAGACCCUCUUAGAGACUCCAUAGACAAGCCUUUCUCUGAGCAAGAAGUAGCUAAGGCUAUUAAGACAUUUCCAACACAUAAAAGCCCCGGCCCGGAUGGUCUAACAAACUCCUACUACAAGCAUUAUCAACAGCUAUUAGUACCCCACUUAACGAAUCUAUUUAACUCUUUAGACGAAGAUGGCCUUUUAUCCCCACAGCUACUUGAGGCACACAUUGCAGUAAUUCACAAGGAAGGUAAACCCACAACAGAACCAAGCAGUUAUCGCCCGAUAUCGCUAUUAAAUAGCGAUAUAAAAAUCUACGCCAAGGUUAUAGCGCACAGAAUCAACUCGGUUCUUCCGGACUUGAUCCACUUGGAUCAAGCAGGCUUUGUCCCUCUGAGGGAAACAAGAGACAACACUAUUAGAAUCACCCACAUCUUAGAUUAUGCCAACAUCCACAAAAUCCCUAUGUUUGUAGUAUCCACAGACGCGGAAAAGGCCUUUGAUAGGGUGGCCUGGCCUUUCCUCAGAAGCACAUUACACCACUAUGGUUUUGGCUCUACCAUGAUAAACAGAAUCUUUCAAUUAUACUCAUCCCCCUCGUUGAAAUUAGAUCUUGUAGUGCCGUGUAAUUUAACCAUAGACCUUCAAGUAGAAGACUCAUUUGGCAGCCUCUGGGCAAGGAUGACCACCGUAGUACAAUACCCUAUCCUUAAUGUUUCCAUGACUAUAUAUAGAACUAUUGUAGGCCAGCCAACCCGAAUUAUUGUCGUAGUGGAACCCCAGCAAGACUACACUGUACUACUGGAUUUUGGAGAUGGAGACAGCAUUAGUAUCUAUUCUCAUGAAUCGCUCAUCAAAGGUUGUUUUUACAGCCCUCUGUUUUGCUCUGUACUCGCAUAUGAGCACAACUUUACUCAGGCAUCUAAUUAUACUGUGACUCUGAUUGUCUCCAAUGCCGUUAGCAGAGUGGAACAAGUUGCAGAAGCAGUAGUAGAAGAACCUAUUGUUGGAAUGGAUGUAACAUUGGUCACUCCACAUCAAAUUAAAUUAGGUGACUUAAUCAAUGCCACUGUAUAUUUUCCUUCUGGUUCCGAGUUUGUUUUCACAUGGCUUUUUUGUGGACCAUUCACCUGCUAUUCUCUUUCUGGAAGUUCAGUAAGCAUAGCUGCAAAUGUUUCUGGAACAUGGAACCUUACUACAUUCAUAUCAAGUCCUUUUUAUGGCUACCCAUGGAUUCCAACCCACGUUGAAUAUGUUAAAGUACUGGGUCCCAUUGACGCUUUUAAGGCUUAUCUUCCAUUUGGAACUGAUCAUGCAACACUUAUUGAGGAUGAAAAUGGAUUUUAUUCUACAAAAACACUUGAAUUUCGUGCAAGCAGUGCAGUCGAAACCAGUUUUGUAUUUCAUUUUGGAGAUGGAUCUCCAUCAGUUUAUAUCAAGGGCAAUGUACAAGGUAGCAGAUAUGGAGCUUCAGCAUAUCAUAGAUUUAAAAAAGCUGGAGUCUUUAUCAUUAGAGUUAUUGCAUUUAAUGAGUUCUUUAAUGCCACACAAGAGCUUGGUCCAUAUUAUGUAGAGAUAGCACCAAAAGAUUUAUUGUUGGCUAUGAAUUCUAGCACAGUACAUAAAGAUGAAACCAUUCUCUUCAAAGCAUCUCUCAAAACAGGAACCAAUGUGUCAUAUAGGUGGAGCAUAAAUAACAAAGCAAUCUAUGGGAAUGAAGGACCAGUCAUUAUUUACAAGUUUUCUACAGCAGCAACGUACAACAUCACGGUUGUUGCAGUGAACAAAGUGGGAAAUCAGACGGCCUGGAAAAUCGUAUCAGUACAGUACAAGAUGAAGCCUGUUUCCAUUUUCACAAAUGGCACCAUCUUCUCAACUGGGACAAGCAUUAGGUUUUAUGUAAUAACAGAAGAGGCUGGUAAUUUAAAAUUCUUUUGGCAUUUUGGAGAUGGAAAGUCCGAGACAACUACUUCAACAUCUAUAUCAAAAACAUAUACAAAGCCAAAUAGGUAUAAUGUCAUUGUUACAGCCUCAAAUGAAAUAUCUUCCAUUACAUCUGACAUCCAUACUAUUUUCAUACAAAGUAGAGUGAUUCCUCAUAGUCUUGUUGCUAGCUCAUCGGUUUUAGUAGAUGCCAGUGUGACAUUUGAGUGCAGAACAAACUCUAGAGCAAACAUCAAUUACUUGUGGAACUUUGGUGAUGGGUCUAUUAGACCUGGAAAUAACAAAACUGAGAAUCAUGUGUUUACAAGAGAAGGGGAGUUUACUGUGAAUGUUUUAGUCUUCAACAAUGUGAGCUCUGCUUUCCUUACCAAGCAGAUUUUUGUUGUGAAAGAGCCCUGCCAGCCGCCUCCUGUGAAGAUUAUUGGACCAACAAAUCAAAUUCAGAUCCGAAGAUACGAGCAUCUCCAUCUUAGAGUCACCUUUGAAGCUCCAAUAUUGUGCAAUAUCUCCCAAGGCCUUCACUAUUAUUGGUCUUUCGUGAAGUCAGAUGGGAAUCUUUUAAGCCUACCUGCGCAUAUUGAAAAUAAAAGACAAGCAAUCACACUCCCAAAAUUCUUCCUGGCUUAUGGAAAAUAUACCGCUGUAGCUAAGGUCCAAAUAGUUGGAACGAUUGUGUACAGUAAUUAUACAGUACCCAUUGAAGUGCUUCCUACUGAUCCAGUUAGCGUGAUAGCAGAAGGAACCCAUCUUUUCAUUGACCAAAAUACUGUUAAAAAUAUCACUCUUAAUGGAACGUCCUCUUUUGAUCCAGAUAAUCCAGCAGCUCAGUUAAGGUUUCAUUGGAGAUGUGCUCCAGUUAGUACACACACAGACUCUUGUUUUAAAUCUAGUGUUUCAAGUCCAUUUCAGAGCAGUGAUGAAGUUAUUAUUUUCCAAACUGCUCUCCUUAACAGCAAUUUUGACCAGUUUCAUUUUACGUUAAAUGUGUCCAGCGGUGAUCGAAUGUCUACAGACGCUCAUGUAUUUUUAUCAAUGAAACCAAAAUCUAAUUUUAGGUUAGUUCAUCUACAUUGUUUUGAAUGUAAAGGAUCUUCCAUUAACUGGAAUGAAAAAAAUUCUGUGCAACCUGUAUGCUCUGACUGUAGUGAAACAGAUGAUCUGUCUUAUUCCUGGAAUCUUUAUUGGAUAAAUGCAACAGAUACAAUUAAUAUUGAAGUUCCCUUUUGCCAUGCAAUAGAAGGCAUGCGUCAUUCUGGACUCCAUGGUCUAAUCUCUAUGGAAACAUCUGCUGAAGCCUCAAUGAUGCAAGUCACACCCAGUUUAGCAAGUCAUGCAACAUCAAGCCAUCUUGAAACCACUCCUGAACCAUCAGCAUUUGAAGGCAUUAGCAAUGACACAAAGACACUAGAAUCAGUUUCAUUCAAUGGAGAAUCAACUGAAAGCACUUUCCAAGAAACAAACUUUGGUAGAACAGUCUCACAAGAAGGUGAAAAUGAUAACAUUUCUCCUACUGCCUCAGCAUUUGAUCUGACUAUGCUGGACAUGUCCAACCCGCUUCUAGGCCCACUAGAAGAAGGUUCUUCUGGAGGCAGAUAUGCCAGGGGCAGAAGGUCAGCUGUGGGCACAAUGUCAAAUAAUGCACAUUCUGAUACAUCAGAUGAUACUUUUUCUGUUCCCUCUACCACUGAGGGUAUUGCUUCAGCUUCCUCUGAAAAUCCAAGCAUAUACAAAUCAUUUAAAGAAUAUAAGAAAAAAUUAUUUAAAGAACAAAAGCUAAAAUGGGAGAUAUCUAGUUUAGAAAAAUAUGUUGAAAUGAAGAUGAUUCCAAGAGGACUCAGGAUAAGAAAGAGACCGGGGGCAAAUUUAGAUAAUCCUUUAGUGGAAAACUUCCAAAUUAAAUGGGAUGAAUAUGCUUCAAAAUGUUCCACAGAUUGGAUGAAUUUAAUGAUAGAGGAGAACAAACUUAGACUAGAGAAAAUUCAGAAAGAGUUGUCAUUAGCAAAUAAUGAAGUAGAUGCUUGGAAAGGAAAAGAUGAGUAUGAGAGACUUAUGGGCCUAGCAAAAGUUGAGCUACGCAAAAUUCAAGAUUCAAUAAAAUUUAGAAAGAAAAAGAAAUAUCAAAGAGACUGGCAGGAUUAUCAGGACAAAAAGGUUUAUGAUUACACAUAUAGUGCCUCUAGUGGCUCUGAAUCAGAAAUUUCAAGUGGAGAAGAAAAUAAAACACAAAACUCCUACAGAGAACAGCAACAAAGUUUUUUAGGACACAAAAACACAAAUCAAGGAGAGGGGGGAGGAAACAUAAAUGGCAGAGAGGAAUUACAGGAAGAAAUAUCAGGCCAACCAAGUCAGACAACAGCUAUAGGUUUUAGUGACUUUAAGAAAAAGUCAGAAUAUAUGCCAGCACUAUCUAGCAUUCCUCUCAUACACAAUUUUGUUAAAUUAGUGGAAAGAGACAUUGAUCUUUUGAGCACAAAUGAACCUUUGCCUGAUAACUUAACAAAGAAACAGAGAACUGCACUAAAAGCUUUACAAAAUGACAUUACCAUAACCAUUAAGCCAUCAGAUAAAGGCGGUAAUAUUGUGGUCUUAAAUACCAAGGACUAUGUUGAAGAAUGUCAAAGACAACUAAGAGACAUUAAACAAUACAGCAUUUUACGCUUUAAUCCUACUGAAAUUUAUAAAGAAAAAUUAUUCCAAAUUCUAAUGAGAGCAAAAGAUGAAGGUGUUAUAAACCAGAGAGAAUUUGAUUUUCUGUUUGUAAAAUUUCCAAAAACUGCAACUUUCUAUAGCAUACCAAAACUCCACAAAAAUAAGCUGCCACCUCCAGGUCGCCCUAUUAUAUCGGACAAGGGCUCACUAACUGAGAAAAUUUCACAGUAUGUGGACUUUUGCCUUAGACCCAAUAUACUAAACCUCCCCUCCUACAUUAAAGACACAUUAGAUGUAUUGAAAAAACUUAAUGACAUAAGUGUUUCUGCAAACACCUUAUUGGUUGCAAUUGAUGUUGAGUCACUCUACUCAAGCAUCCCUCACGACAAAGGGGUAGAGGUAAUCAAAUAUUUCCUAAUCCAAAGAGGUUCUGAGUAUGACAAGCAUACAAAUUUUAUAUUGGAACUGUUAUCCUUCAUUUUAAAACAUAACUAUUUUGUUUUUGGAAAUAAAUGUUACCAACAAAAUUUAGGAACAGCGAUGGGGACUUGCUGUGGCCCCACAUUUGCUUGCCUCUACCUAGGCAAAUGGGAAUUUGAUCAGAUUCUAAAUAGUGCUGAGAUAAAUGACUCCAUCUCUUUAUGGCUAAGAUUCAUCGAUGACGUGUUCCUCCUGUGGGAGGACACUGAGAUGAAACUGAUAGAAUUCAUGCAAAAACUAAACAACAAUGAAUGGAACUUAAAAUUUACCUACACUUAUAGUAAAAAUGAGAUUACUUUCUUAGAUUUACGCAUUAUUAAUGAUAACAAUUGCCUAAAAACAGCCACAUUUCGCAAAGACACUGCAGGGACUCUCAAUAAAAGAUUUAAAGCAAGAGGUUAUACACAACAAUGUUUAAAAAAAGCAUUUAACAAAACCAAAAGUAAGAACAGGGACGACCUGCUAUAUGAAAAAUCAGAUGAUACAUCGGAAUCAUCUUUAGUUCGAUUUAUUGGAACUUACAAUCAAAAAUGGCAGGACAUUCGUUCAAUCCUAAAUAAACACUGGCACAUAUUGUGGAUUGACAAAUCAAUAGGGAAAUUUGUAGGAGAAUCUCCACUAAUGACUCCAAAAAGAGCACCAAACUUAAAAGAUUUUCUGGUUCAGAGCCACUUUGAAAAUAAAAACACAGGGAACUGGCUAACCAAUAAAAAGAAUGGGAAUUUUAAGUGCUUACACUGCUCAGUUUGUACUAAUAUGCUAGUAGGCAAGAACUUCUGUGACAAAUUUGGGUCCUUCCAUACAAUAAAGGGACGUAUAACUUGUAAAAGUGAAGGAGUUGUUUACAUGGUCUCCUGCAACUGCCCCAAAUAUUACAUAGGUCUUCAAACUUUUUAUGACUCUUCUCGAUCAAACAAGAGACAUUUUCAAGAAGUCCAUGGAUCUACUAACUGGACAAGUAGAGGUUUCAUAUCUGGAGAAGGAGGGUUUGAUUUAUCCAUGUUCAUAGGAAAUCACACAACUACAGAUUUUGAUACUCAUUUGACCAGCAUUCAGGAGGGUAGAGGAGGCUCAAGAGGAAGAUCAGAAGGAGAAAUUAGUAGUAUUCCAAGUUCACUGUCAGAUGAUGAGAUUCCUAAAGAAGAGGAAGGGGAUAACCUUGUGGAUGUGUCACGUUUAGACAAUGCGCCAGCUGCAAUACUCAUGAUAGACUGGUUCCAACAUCACAUAAGCAACAGUGUGUUUCAUAGCUAUACUGCCUCAGGCAUUUCUUCCCAGACUGUAAUUUUCAACCCUUUUGUGCUGAAGUCUAGCAACAUGUAUAUGCUUGAUCUGUCUAUUGCAUCUCGCGGAAACAUAAUUGGCAAGUCCCAGCUGUACUUUACUGUCAAUGAAAUGCCACAGAGAAUUACUUGUGCUGUUCGAUACAAAGAGGGUUUUGAACUACACACUGUUUUCAGCAUAUUUUGUACUUCAGGCCAGAAGGACCUUCAUUAUGAAUUUAGUUACCAAACUGGAAGAUCCUCCAGGAAGAUAUUGUAUAAAGGAAGAGACAAUGAGUAUUAUUUUAGUUUACCUUCCGGAGACCCAGCUGAAUUUUAUAGAGUUACUAUUUUCAUGGAAAUAACAAAUCGGUUUGGAUCAAAAACCCAGCAAUGCCCAGUAAAUGUUACUGUGUUACCCAUUUUUGCCAGGAAUACAACAGGAACCAUGCCAGAGUGGGAUUUGUACCAUAAUGGAUUAAAGAAUCUUUCUACACUUUUACUGAUGGGAAAUCACAUUGAGAUUCGAAAUUAUGUUGUGUUGGUAACAGAAGUCCUUAAUCGGUUAUAUACAGAAGAAAGCAAAGAUCCUUUUGAUCUUCAAAGAAAACUUCAAAGAAAACUAAGAAAUUCAUUGAUAUCCUCUGUAUGCAGUUUACCCUUUCAAGACCAGGAUGAAGUUACAGAUAUCACUUCAAUGCUAACAGACCUUUUAAAUAAAACCAAACAGAUUACUACGGAUAGUGUAACAUGCAUAAUAAAUGCUGUAAAGACUAUUGUAAAAGAGUAUGUUGAGCCUGUAAACCAUAAAGCAGUCUUGCUUGAUAGAACAUUGUCUGAGAAUUUAAUCUCAUUGAUAUCUAAAGCAAUGGAAAUAUCUUACAACUAUUCAGAAAGAAAUAACUAUGUGAUACUGGAUGGAAUGAAAAGCAUUAGUGAUUUGAUGCUGAAAUACAUCACAAUGAACAAUGAACUUCAAUUUAAUAUCAGUACAAGCCUACUGGAGAUCCAGGUUAAUGUACAUCAAAACUCUCAAAAGGAUAUUCAGUCAAUAGGUUCUACAAGGUUUAAUCUACCACCAUUGAUAGACAGACACAGCAUAAUAAAUAUUGAUUCAAAUAACAAAUGUUACAUAAGCCAGCUGGUACACUUUAAGAAAAACCCAUACUUUUGGGCAGUGACAUCAUCUCAGCUUCAUGGGGAGUUUGCUGGCCUCGAUGUUUUCCACUGUUCUACAAGAAGAAAAAUCAAUGUUAGAGAAUUUAUAAUGCCAGUAACUAUGGAGUUUGAAAACCAACUAAAUAAUGUAAAGGCAAAUGAAAAUAAGUUUAUUCUUGCUCGGGACAAAGUGAAUUAUCACCAUUUCACUGCUACUUCAAAGAACAAAGAAGAGGUGCUCCAGAUUACUAUAACUUUUUCUGACCCCAACACCAGAGCUUUCCCGGUUUUGGUUUUAGUAAGAUACCCUGAAAAACCUUCUACUACACACUUUAAUGUAAAACAUAUCCAUUACUGGGAAGGAAAUACAACACAGAUAUUUAUUUCUGCUGAUUCAAUUAGAGAUCGUGGAUCAGGCUAUUUGGCUUUAAUGGAUGCUGACUACAACAGAGUGCCAAAAAAUAAAUACCUUUCAAGUCAGAUAAAUUAUACUAUUAAUGUCCAAUGGGCUCAGUGUUUGUUUUGGGAUAACUACAAACGGUGGAAGUCAGAAGACUGUUAUCCUCAAAAAGGGACAACUGCAGCAAGAAUCAAUUGCAGCUGCAAGCAUCUAGGCAUGUUUACAAUAUCAAGUAGACAUGUGAAUACUCAAAUGAACAUUGAAGAUGUUGAACAAUUUAUACACGCCUAUACAAAUGUGGUACCGUGUGCAAUUGUUUUCCUUUUCAUAUUGCUGUACAUUGUGCUGCUGACAUUCUGCAAACUUAAAGAUAAACACGAAGAGAAGAAGAACGACUGUGUGUUGCUUCAGGAUAAUUCUCCAAGUGACCAGCAGCAGUAUGCCAUUAUUGUUGAUAUAGGUUUCCGAUCUAGACCAAAGUCAACAGCUAAGGUGCAUAUUGUUCUACAUGGUGAAGAUGGGGUAUCUGAAACUAGAGAACUUUAUUGCCCUGACAAACCUCUUUUUGAAAGGAAUUCUCGGCAUACAUUUAUUAUGAGCAUCCCUGACAGCCUUGGGCCUAUAUGGAAAAUUCAUAUUUGGCAUAAUAACAGUGGUGAUUGCCCAAGUUUGUACCUCAGCCAUGUUAUAAUCAAAGAUCUUAAGUAUGGAACCAGUUGGUUCUUUCAUGCUGAGUGUUGGUUGGCUGUGGAUGAAGGAGAUGGAAAAGUGGAACGGGAGUUCACAUCUACUGGUCACGGACUUGGUUUCAAAAAGCUUUUUUACUGCAAGUUAACAGAAUAUCUAGAAGAUUUUCAUUUGUGGUGCUCCGUAUUAAGUCGUCCUUCAUAUAGCUGGUUCACUCACACUCAGCGCAUAACAAUUUGCCUGGUCUUGUUUUUGGGUUAUAUGAGUUUAAACAUUGUCCUUAUUCACUGGAAGGAAGAACAAUAUACAGCUGAAAUGGGCUUUAUAGACAUUUCCACUGUGUCUAUGAUAACAGGAUUGCAGGCUACCAUGACAAUCUAUCCAGUAGCCCUAUUACUGUCACUUCUUUUCAGGUUUAGUGAGAAAAAGAUCAUUAAAGAUUCAGGAGAAGAAAGAUUUAAAGCUGCAAAAGAGUCUGAAAUGUACUCCAUUGAGGGUCAUCAGAAUUCUUUAUCAGCAGUGGAUACCAUGCUUGAAUCCAAUUUGACUUGGCAACACUUCCAGUACUGGGCCUAUGAUGCAUGGAAGAAGAAAUAUGAGAGGGAUUUUUUUACUCCUAGUGUUCACUCUGUCAACUCUAGCAAAAGGAGCGAAAAAGGAAGUCCAUUGCCUUCUAACCAAAGCUCCAGUGGGUUUGAAGAUGGCAGUAACAAUAGUCAUAAGCCUGAUCCAAGAGACUAUAAGCAAAGCAAAAAUGAUCUCUGCUCAGAAUAUUCAUCAGAUCGCAGCAGCCUAUUUGAGAAUUCUGUUUUCCAUGGUUAUAAGGUUCUUCCUCCAUGGUGUGUCUAUGUGGCCUGGUCACUGUGUGCUCUGUUUAGCUUGUCCUGUGUCAUAGUAACUGUACUGGUUGGCUUCAGGUUUGGUCCUUCAAAAUGUAUACUGUAUCUACAUGCAUUGUUUUUCUCCUUGAUCUAUUGCAUUUUUAUUAUUCAACCUUUUAUGAUAUUCCUGACAGCAUUGUUUGUGGCGUGGUGGAAAAGGGAGCAAACUGACUUCUUUGCAGAAGAAUUGCGUGAUGCUACAAAGUAUUUCCUAAGUGAUCCAAUGCUUUUUUCACAGAAUUUUGCACUUUACAAUCAACAAAAUACUCAUGAACUGGUCACAAACUUUGACAAGAUCCUUGCUGCCCGAAAAAGAGCUCGUUAUCUGAGACUGGCACGUCCUCCGACUCCUGCCCAGCUGAGAAUUGUCCGAGAAAAAAUAAGGAAGAAAACACUUAUCCAACAAACAUUUUGGGAAUUUGUUAUGCAUAUCGUCAUGAUAUUUAUACUUCUUUUCAUUGCUCUGGGUAAAUUUUCUCAUCAUGAAUAUAUUUUAAAUCAAGCAGUCCGUAAUGAAUUUACCAGAGAUGCAGAACACACAUUUAGUAAAAUCAAGACAGAAGAUGAAUGGUGGGACUGGAGUGUUAGCACAUUACUUGAUGGUCUAUACUGGGAUAAAUGGUACAACAAAGCCUAUGCUACGGCAGAGGCUGGGCCUAUUGGAGGGAAAUUCUUUCUAGUUGGAACUCCUGUACUGAGACAGCUGAGAGCUGCAAGUGAAUCCACCAGCUCAGAGGAGGCAAAGAUCCCAAAACGCCAAGUGCCCUUAAAAAUCCCUCCCACCUUACUAGUCUUGUCUUUACCAUCACAGGAGGAAGAACCACUGGCAGCUAAAAUUAGGACCUCCCCAGAUGUGUCGGGUGUGGAGAUAAUGAACCACGAGUGCAAGCUCACACUCUUCGCAGAUGACAUACUGCUCAGUUUGAUGAAACCUCUCGUCUCCUUACCCAAUCUUUAUAAAUUACUAGAUGAUUAUGCUGAGAUUUCGGGAUAUAAGAGUGUAUGGAAGCAGAAGUUCUACCUAAAAUUAAAUGGAACUGAUGAACUGCGCAUUAUCCAUGGAACACAAGACAUGCUAGAUUAUAAACUUUCAACCAUUCCUCCUAUUCUUGCACCCAUUAUUCAUGGAUGUAUUCCGCCACCCAGCAUACCAGUGCAUUCAGCUGAUAUGCUCAAUGUGACUAACGUAAAGGUCAUUGCAGGAAUCCAAGAUGAUUUAUACUUUCAGUGUAGCAAAGCUCAAUGCUACAGAGGCAAAGGGCCUAUAGUUAGCCUUGGAAGAUCAAGGGCCGAAGCUUAUUCCACACUCAGCAAUUUAAAAAAACACAAAUGGACAGACAGAAGGACACGAGCGCUUUCUGUACAAUUUGUGCUUUAUAAUCCGCCUACUAAUCUCUUUACAAUGGUGUCAUUACUAACGGAGCUGCCUGCAACAGGUGGUCUAAUGACAUCAUCAGUAAUUGAUUCUGUCAGGAUCUACCGCAUCACCACUGUCUUGGAUUACAUCAUUAUGGUAUUUGAGUUGACAUUCUUAGGACUUAUACUUAUCCAUUUUUAUUAUCAACUGAGCAUAAUGAUUCAAAAAGGGGUGAAAAACUAUUGGCAGGAUUCAUGGAACUGGAUUGAGGUCUGCAUAGUUGUGCUUAGCCUUUGUUAUUUUACAAACCACGUGUAUCAUUUUAUGCUGACAAUGGAUAUAAUUGAUCUUCUUCAGAAAGGAUUUUUCAGAGUGUUCAUAGAUUUUAGCUUUAUUGCAGAAAUGGAAAAGAGGAGUCGUAGUUUGUACGGCAUCAUUUUAUUUUUUAUGACCAUCAAGUGCCUAAGACUUCUUCGCAUUUACAAAGUUAUGGCUCCCUGCAUGGCAAUGCUUCGACUUUCUUGUUCUAGCACAUUAUUCACAAUGACUGUUGGUGUUGUGUUCACUCUGGCCUACUCAUCACUAGGACAUGUUCUUUUCCUUUCUAGUUACUACUCGUUUAGUACAGUGGUAACAUCAUUUCAAACCGUUUUAAUUCUUUUGCUGGGAGCUGGUGGCGCAAAACCAAAUACUUUGUUACACAGUCAGACAAAAUCUGAUCACGUUACAUUUGUGUGCUUCUAUGGGUCUAUCUUUAUUGUGAUGACACUUUUAUGGAGUGGAAUGUUAAGAGGAAUACUGAUGUCUGUGGCAAAGCAUACAAAGAAAGCGCACCGCAGUAAACACCUCAUAACCUUUAAAGAAAUGAUAUCUCAUGCACGUGAGAAGGUGCUGUCAAUAAUUGGCCGUCAGAAAACAAAGUCCAUAGACAGCAGCACUGUAGCUGGCAAUAAUUUCUACUUGGAUGAAUUUGAGGACCUGAUAGAUGAACUUCUCUUUCGUCUUAAUGCAAUAUCCAACAGCCUUCAUCACUCUCUCCCAGCUAAGACAAGUUGCUAUACAGAGGAAGAGGAAGAGGCUAAUAACUUUGAAACCAGUUCAGAUUAUUACUUUAACCAAACAUUUGAGAACCAUAUGCUAAAUGAAGAAGGCGUCCAGCAAGAAGUCAUGAGGGGGAACCUUCUGUGUGUGGACACUGUCAUUAUUACUAAUGAGAAAUCUUCUGGAAAACUAAAUCACACACCUCGGUCAUUGUGUGAAAAACCUUGCGGAAAUUCCAUCAAUGCUAUAGAAGAAUUUUCUACCACUCAGCACCAAACUGUCAGUUGUAUAAGUUUAGGUGAAGAGAGAAAAAGCAUACAAAAAGCUGAACUUGAGGAUGAGAAUCUCACAGACAGUGAUACUAUAAUCUGCCGUGCUUCUAAAGAAUCAUAUGGAGACAACACGAAUAGACCUGCACAGACGCAUGUGAAAGACGUGGUAUCUACAGCAGCAAUUAGUGCCCAGUACAUGGAAUGGAACGAGCAGGAAUCUGAUCAAUUAGAAAAUACUUUGAAAAGUCAAACUCGCUGCACUUCUGCCAAUAUACUCUGUAAAAAUCGCAGGCCACUGAAGCGCUCUCAUACUACAGUUAUUGAACUUUUGGACGGUAACAGAACAUCAGUGUGGAGUAGAGGAGAUAAGAUUACAGCAGGUGAAGAACAAUCAGAAUUACAGCAACAAGUUAUAGAAUCAAAUCUGAAACAGUCUCCUAUCUUUCAAGUUAAACAGUUUGACAUGAGAACAGAGAAAAACACUGAACAAAAAUACACACAAAAUACUAAACAGAAACGCUUUGAGGAAUUAGCAAAACGCAAUAAAGAGACUUCUACAAAUCUAAUGAAUAAAGUCAGUGGGGAUGAUCUACCGUGUUCUGUUAAACAAUGUUGGUGA